AUGAACAACCUUCCACUAACUCUGAGCAAACAGAGUCGGCGGGGUUUGUUGUCCAGGACCAGACCCUUCAGGUUCGUGAAAGACUGCUGCCUCAUGACGGUGCUGAGCCUCGUCUUGUUUUUCAGUCUGGCCUCUUGCCAGAGAAUGGACCCUUCGAAGCAUCCCAUAGUGGAGCAGUACCUUGGAGUUCCCUACGCCACGGCGCCCAUCGGAGACCGACGGUUUCAGCCGCCGGAGGCGCCGGGGUCCUGGCAGGAGAUCCGCAACGCCACCCAGUUUGCCCCGGUUUGCCCUCAGAACAUCCACGGCGUCCUGCCGGAGAUUAUGCUUCCGGUUUGGUUCACGGAUAACCUGGACGUGGCGGCGGGAUACAUCCAGAACCAGAGCGAGGAUUGCCUCUACCUCAACAUCUACGUACCCACAGAGGACGGUCCGCUCACAAAAAAAACUGAUGAAUCUUCAAUGAACAAGCCUCGAGACGAAGAUAUCCGCGAUCGCAGGAAGAAGCCCGUCAUGCUGUUCAUCCACGGCGGCUCGUACAUGGAGGGCACCGGGAACAUGUUUGACGCCAGCGUCCUCGCCGCCUACGGCAACGUGAUCGUGGUGACCAUGAACUACCGACUGGGCGUGCUCGGUGAGCGAUCCGUCAAAACCCCUCCGGACGUUCCCGCUCAGAACGACCCACACGCAUCAACACGCUCGUUUGCUCCCUCAUCAUUAAUUCUGUGUUUCUCCACUUUUCCGUUUCUCAACCAACAUUUCCUCAGCACCGGCGAUCUCGCGAAGGGGAACUACGGCCUGCUGGACCAGAUUCAGGCUCUGCGCUGGCUCAACGAAAACAUCGGCCAUUUUGGCGGCGACCCCGAGAGGAUCACCAUCUUUGGAUCUGGAGCAGGGGCCUCCUGCGUUAACCUGCUCAUCCUGUCUCACCACUCUGAAGGUCUGUUCCAUCGGGCCAUUGCUCAGAGCGGCACGGCCAUCUCCAGCUGGUCCGUCAACUACCAGCCCCUGAAAUACACCAAGAACCUGGCCAAGAAGGUGGGCUGCACCUACUCAGAGACCGCCGACCUGGUGGACUGCCUGAGGAGGAAGACCUUCAGGGAGCUGGUGGACCAGGACAUCCAGCCCGCCCGCUACCACAUCGCCUUCGGCCCCGUGGUGGACGGAGACGUGGUGCCGGACGACCCGGAGAUCCUCAUGCAGCAGGGGGAGUUCCUCAACUAUGACAUCCUCAUAGGUGUGAACCAGGGAGAAGGACUGAAAUUUGUGGACGACAGCGAGGACAACGAUGGCAUCUCUGCUGCAGCAGCGUUCGACUACACGAUCUCUAACUUUGUGGACAAUCUCUACGGAUAUCCUGAAGGCAAAGACAUCCUAAGAGAAACCAUAAAGUUCAUGUACACAGACUGGGCAGACAGGGACAAUGGUGACAUGAGAAGAAAGACUCUCCUGGCUUUGUUCACAGACCACCAGUGGGUGGCGCCAGCUGUGGCCACUGCUAAACUUCACGCUGAGUUCCAGUCGCCUGUCUAUUUCUACACAUUUUACCACCACUGCCAGACAGAAACGCGACCCGAAUGGGCCGAUGCCGCACACGGAGAUGAGAUACCGUACGUGUUUGGCGUGCCGAUGAUCGGCGCCACUGACUUGUUCCCGUGCAACUUCUCGAAGAAUGACGUGAUGCUGAGCGCUGUGGUCAUGACUUACUGGACUAACUUUGCCAAAACUGGUGACCCCAACCUCCCCGUCCCUCAGGACACGAAGUUCAUUCACACCAAACCCAACCGCUUUGAAGAGGUCAUCUGGACAAAGUUCAACCCAAAGGACAAGCAGUAUCUCCAUAUUGGCUUAAAACCUCGAGUUCGGGACAACUACAGGGCGAACAAGGUGGCUUUCUGGCUGGAACUUGUCCCCCAUCUUCAUAGCCUACAUGAGAUCUUCCCCACCACAACCCGAUCACCGUCUGGUCCUGGUCCAGGCCCAGACACCUAUAGACCCAGGCCAAGGACUCCAGGUCCUCGAACCACUCCACCCUACUCAACCUUCACCUCUGAUCCUGAAACCGAGGGCUCGGACCGUCCAAUCCAGGACCUCUUUCCUGGAGACACCCGUGACUACUCCACUGAGCUGAGUGUCACGGUGGCUGUGGGAGCCUCUCUUCUGUUCCUCAACAUCCUGGCAUUCGCGGCCCUUUACUACAAACGCGACAAACGGCACGAGAUGCGACGGCACCGACUGUCUCCUCAGCGCGGCGUUCCCGCCAAUGACCUCGCUCACAGCCAGGAGGAGGAAAUCAUGUCCCUGCAGAUGAAGCACUCUGAGCACGACGCUCACCACGACCUGGAGCCCCUUCGACCACAUGACAUCCUGCGACCCGCCUGCCCGCCCGACUACACGCUGGCGCUGCGCCGGGCUCCGGACGAUGUGCCAUUGAUGACGCCCAACACCAUCACUAUGAUCCCAAGCACCAUCACCAGCAUGCAGCCUCUUCAUGCCUUCAACACCUUCCCUUCCACCGGCCACAACAACACCCUGCCACACCCCCACUCCACCACCAGGGUAUAGUAGGGACUGGCCCACCCAGCACCACCUAAACACAGG